AUGCUGAAAGAGGACGGAAACAUCGUAACACUACCUUCAUGGCAGGUUAUACCUACCGAUGUUGACUUCUUGGUGGAAUGGGCUGACGUUGACCAUGCCGACAGUCAGAACCGACAUGGGCUUAGGAUCUAUCAUCUAUUAUAUUCAUCCACCGUCUUGCCACCUGACCCAGGCACUAGUAGAAAGCAAGUUCUCAUAUGGUUGCAGGGUUUCAUUAAGAUGUAUGCCUCGAAAGUACAGGAAAUUGGAACGGAUGAGUCCACUUCCUCUGUUAACCAUACAUUCCUUAAUUCCAUUUUACCUCACAGUCAAGUCCACAAUGCCCCUAAGGCCAUUCAAUUUAUCGAGCUCGAGUCCAAAGGACAGGAAGCCCCUUUCAACGUGCAAAAACAGUGCCUCGAAACUGUCCAUGAACUGAUACAUAUCUCUGUUUGGCCUCACGUCCAGCCGGGACAGCAGCCAGUAUGCUCGUUCAUCGACUCGAGCAAUUCUCGUGCUGCGGAUGCAUGCAAAUGCGCUCAUCAGCCUGGUGAUUUCAUAGAUGUCAGCGUCUUCACCGACAUCGCACUCUCAGGCACUGGAGAUCAUGCUCGUACACAUGUUCACUUUACCAUGAAUGAAAUUGUUCACUUGCAAUCUGCAGGAGAGAUCAAGGCUCUAGGUGUAAAGUUGUCAUCGUGUGUGGUGCCCACGAAAAGCGAUGAUCAACAAACCUUCCUGACCACUUACCAUUCCAUCAAAACCUCUUGUAAGAUGGUACAGGAUGCGUAG